UCCUCUCUGCUAUAUAUAUGGCGAUGGAGGCACAGGCCAGGCCAAUGAUGGAGGCACUUCUCCCUCCUCUCUGCUAUGGCGAUGGGGUGCGUGGCUGCAAGGCGACGAGUUCCAGGUCGAAGGUCCGUGUGCGCGAUUGCAUAUAUAGGGGCAAGGAUGAAUCGGAGGACGAAAGGGAUAUAGCUAGUUCGUUGGGAUCCCGAUGGCUUCUCCUGGCUUCACGCACGGUGAGUCUGUUGCGACUUGCGAGAGCACCGGACCAUCCUGGGAAAGGGCUGAAUGUGAUGAUGCAACCCUUGAUCGAUGAUCUCAAAAAGUUAUGGAAAGGAGUCGAAGCAUACGAUUGCUACAAAAACGAGAUAUUCACACUUCGAGUUCCAGAGUUACAGGGUCAGGCAGUCGGCGUACAGAGGAAUGAGGAUGAACCUGAAGAUGAGGAAGAGACAGAGGAGUGGAGACAAGUGGAAGAUGUUGAGGAUGUCCAGGGUAGAGAGGUGGAGACAGGGUGGGGUGAAUGGCCCAAUGAUGGAGGGUCAGGAGUUGGGGGAGCUAGUGGGUCAAGGGAAGGGGAAGCUGGUGUUUCAGGAGGAGGUUCUGGAAGCGAGGGAGUUGGAGGGUCUUCACGGGUCCGGAAGCCGCGGAAGACUAGUUGGGUCCCCCCUCCUAAAGAACCAGUUAACAAGGUUGAGAUAAUCCCGAGUGGAGAUGGGGCUUGGCUGGAUAGUAGUUUCACCGGCAAAGAUCGUGUAAGGCAAGUAAAUAAAGUGUUGGGCAAUAUCUGUCGUAUGAGAUGGCCUGGAUUGGUGAUUGAGGAUGGUAUUGAGGUCCCUAUCACAAGAUGGGAUCAAUACGACCUUGCGGUUAACGCGCAACAUGGGAAUGUGCAAGGUGCAGUUUGGCACGACUUCUGGAAACAUUAUAAGUUGCCUGAUGGAGAUACUCAUACCGAGCAUGCACACUCCGUGUUCCAUAGGAACGCGGUAGAUGUUGUUGCGGAUAUGAUGUACUAUGUUCGAAUCCAGGUGACUAAUCAAGCUAUGUUGAGUAGUGAAGGACGACAUGCAGCCACUAAGAGCGAAGCGUCACAGUAUGGACUUUCUAUGACUGAGCAAGAUUUUCUUUAGCAUUCGAUUCCAUGGAUAGCCGCCAAUGGUGCUGCUUGGCGUGCCUUAUGUCGUUAUUGGGCUUCUGAUGAUUUCAAGGCAAAGUCUAUGCGACAAAGUUCCAAUCGUGGAACCAAGUCGUAUCACAAGUAUGGAGGUGAUGAUCACUUUCGUUUGGCAAAACGAAUGGAAGCUAGCAGUGGUGUAGUGCCCAGUGAUGUUCAAGUAUACCUGAGGGGGCACAGAGGACCAGAUCCUGCAAACCCAGAUAUGUUGUGUAUAGCCAAAAGGCAACAGAUCGUCUGGCUGCAUAUGGUGAGGCGAUGUCUAGUCAGCAUGGAUCGGACUAUGACUGGAGGACUGCACCUAUUGAUCCUCAGGUUGUGUAUGCGAGUGGUGGAAAACCCCAUGGAAGGUACUCGAUGUUCGAUAACAUCAUCGACUCGAGCCAGGUGACGGUUCAGAGAGGAGGUUCGUCGAGGUCUGCUGCUCGUAGCUCCCGUCGCUCUACUCAGGAUACUGCAGAAGUUGAGCGACUACGAGAAGAGCUUAGCAACAUCAGGAGCGGCAAAGGGUUCAGGAGGAAUACUUGAGGCAACAUGCUGCACAACAAGAAUACUAUGCUACUCAGUUUCAACAACAGCAAGCACUGAUACAACAACUAGCACAAGCCCAAGGGAUACAGGUUCCGAUGGCCCCCCCCCACCUCCACCUCCCAUACAUUUUCCUUGGCCUUCACCUCCACCUACCGAACAUCAGGUAUAUGAGACCCCUCCAGCUACCUUGCCGGUGCAGCAACAACAUGAUGGCUUAGACUUUGUCGAUGCGUUGUUCGCCAGUGGAGGUAGCGAGCAUCACUUUUCGCUGAUUCCUGAUGUUGAUCGACAGUAGUGGACUUCCAUUCUAUGUUUUUUGUGAGACUUGAAACUUGUGUCUUGUGAGACUAUUAUGUGGAUGUAACUUGUGUCUUGUGAGACUUGAAACUUUAUGGACUGUUCUGGCCAGACUAUUAUGACUUUAUAUGUGACAUGUGGUAUAUUGUGGCUUUUAAAUAUAUUGUGGUAUAUUGUGGCUGUCA